AUGUUCUUGCGGCGAGGAAUUCGGUUGUUUGCCACAGAAUCUGGAAGCAAGACAAGAUGGGAUCCUCUUCAUUCCCUUGAGCUUAAUCACCGAUCACUUGUUCUGCUCGAGAAAUGCGAUUCCAGGAAUCAAUUCAAGCAGAUUUUGGCACAGAUGAUGCGUUUCAAUCUCAUAGGCGAUACGUUUCUGAUGAGCCGUCUUAUAUUAUUCUCAGCGAUCACAUAUCCAGAGAACGUCGACUUAGCGAAGCUUCUGUUUCUUCAUUUCACUCCAAACCCAAACGCUUUCAUUUACAACACAAUGAUCUCUGCUGUUUCAAGCUCGAAAAGGGAAUGCUUUGCUCUGUAUAGUUCUAUGAUUAGUCGCAGUGUUUCUCCGGAUAGGCAAACGUUUCUCUACCUCAUGAAAGCAUCAAGCUUUCUCUCGGAAGUGAAGCAGGUCCAUUGCCAUAUCAUUGCUUGUGGUGGGUGUUUGUCUCUAGGGAAUUACCUGUGGAAUGCUCUGGUUAAGCUGUAUAUGGAGCUGGGAAGUUUAGGUUUUGCAGAGAAGGUGUUUGAUGUAAUGCCUGAACGAGAUGUCACCUCUUUUAACACCAUGAUUGUUGGUUAUGCCAAAAAGGGGUUUACUUUAGAGGCAAUGGAGCUGUAUUAUAAGAUGGUUGGUGAUGGCAUUGAACCUGAUGAGUACGCAGUGUUGGGUCUUCUUGUUUGCUGUGGUCAGUUAUCAGAUAUUAGGCUUGGGAAAGGAGUUCAUGGUUGGAUUGAGAGGAGGAGACCUGGUUCUUCGUCUAAUUUGAUUCUGAGCAAUGCUCUUUUAGACAUGUAUUUCAAAUGCAAAGAAUCUGGUCUUGCAAAGAGAGCUUUUGACAUGAUGAUGAAGAAGGAUAUGCGUUCUUGGAACACCAUGGUUGGUGGGUUUGUUAAGCUUGGGGACAUGGAAGCUGCUCAGGAUGUUUUUGAUCGUAUGCCUAAAAGGGAUCUUGUUUCUUGGAAUUCUCUGCUUUUUGGUUACUCGAAGAAGGGAUGUGACCAGAGAGCCGUUAGAGAAUUGUUCUAUGAGAUGUUGAUAGUGGAGAAGGUCAUUCCAGACCGCGUCACUAUGGUGAGUUUGAUAAGUGGUGCAGCAAACAAUGGAGAACUGAGCCAAGGAAGAUGGGUACACGGACUAGUGAUCCGUCUGAAACUGAAAGUUGAUGCCUUUCUAGGUUCGGCUCUGAUAGAUAUGUACUGCAAAUGCGGUAUCAUCGAGCGGGCUUUCAUGGUUUUCAAGACAGUGUCUGAAAAGGACGUCACGCUGUGGACAACGAUGAUAACUGGGUUUGCCUUCCAUGGAAACGGCAACCAAGCUCUGCAACUAUUCGAGGAAAUGCAAGAAGAAGGCGUGACGCCGAACAAAGUCACUCUGCUCGCUGUCUUAACAGCCUGCAGUCAUAGCGGACUCGUGGAGGAAGGGCUACACAUUUUCAACGAAAUGAAGGAGAAAUUUGGCUUUGACCCUGAAACCGAGCAUUACGGGAGCCUUGUGGAUCUGUUGUGCAGGGCAGGGAGAGUAGACGAAGCAAAAGAGCUAGUGCAAAAGAAGAUGCCAAUGAGGCCAAGUCAGUCAAUGUGGGGAUCAAUCUUAAGCGCCUGUCGGGGAGGAGAAGAUAUUGAAACCGCAGAGCUGGCUUUGACGGAAUUGCUUAAGUUGGAACCUGAAAAAGAAGGCGGAUACGUUUUGUUGUCCAAUAUAUAUGCAGCCGCUGGAAGAUUUGGAUAUUCAGACAGGACGAGGGAAGCAAUGGAGAGCCGAGGAGUAAAGAAGGUUGCAGGAUAUAGUAGUGUAGUUGGAGUAGAGGGAAUUCAUAGCUUUGUGGCUGCAGAGAAGCAGAACCAUCCAAGAUGGGUGGAGAUAAAAGGAAUACUGCACCAUCUCUGUGAUGAAAUGAAGUCAAAAGUGGCACUUCUUGACUUAUUAGGAACAGAGAUCGAUUAG